AUGCGUCAACAUCUCAAGUCAAAGCAGCCCACAGCGGCUCUGAAUGGAUCAUCUGUGGACGUUGCAAGCAUCGUCAGAGCAGUUAUAGAAAACGUUCAGUCACAUGGAGAUUCAGCAGUGCUACAAUAUUCCGAGCAAUUUGACUCAUGGACACGCCCAUCCUUCCGUCUGUCUCAAGAAGAAAUUGACAAGGCCAUCGCAGCAUGUCCUGAACAAACCGUGAAGGACAUCAAACAAGUGCAAAGCAACGUUCGACAGUUCGCAGAGGCACAAGCAGCAUCACUCAAGGACUUUGAACUGGAAACUUCGCCUGGCGUUUUCUUGGGUCAAAAGAGCAACCCUAUCGAGAAAGUCGGUUGCUACAUACCCGGCGGUCGUUAUCCGUUGCUCGCAAGCGCCCAUAUGACCAUUCUCACGGCCAAAGUGGCUGGAGUUCCGAAGGUCAUCGCUUGCACGCCACCAAUCGGCGCCAAGAUCCCCAACGCUACCGUGGCCGCAAUGCAUCUGGCUGGAGCAGACGAGAUCUACAUUCUUGGAGGUGUUCAGGCUGUGGCGGCAAUGGGUGUUGGCACAGAGACUAUCGACAAGGUUGAUUUCCUCGCCGGCCCCGGCAAUGCAUACGUAGCGGAAGCCAAAAGGCAGCUCUUCGGAGAGAUUGGAAUCGACCUCUUUGCGGGCCCGACGGAAGUACUGGUGGUGGCAGAUGAGCACGCCGACCCAUACAUGUGUGCAGUGGAUCUGCUGUCUCAGUGCGAGCACGGGCCUGACACGCCUGCACAACUUAUUACCAAUUCCGAAAGUGUAGGUCGGCGCACCAUUGAGUUGGCGGAGAAGCUGCUGGAGGUCUUGCCAACAGCUCCAAUCGCCUCGGUGUCAUGGCAUACCUUCGGCGAAGUCAUCUUAACGGAUACAUUGGAUGAAGCCUUUGAAGUUGCGGACGAGUAUGCUUCCGAGCACGUGCAAAUCCUUACUCAGAAUCCACGGCAAGCACUCGAGAAGAUGAAGCAUUAUGGUGCACUCUUCCUCGGAGCAAACACAUGUGUCUCAUUUGGAGACAAGUGUAUUGGCACGAACCACGUACUUCCAACCAAGAAAGCAGCUAGAUAUACCGGCGGCUUGUGGGUUGGCAAGUUUCUCCGCACGACGACCUACCAAGAAGUGAGAGAUGAGCAGGCGAGCGGUCAGCUGGGACGGCUCUGCGGGCGAUCUGCAAGAGCAGAGUUGUUCGAGGGACAUGCAAGAUCCGGUGACCUUCGAGCAGCGAACCAUCUCGGUGACCAGUACGAGUGGAUCACCUCAACGCGCAGUAGGGAGGCUGUGGCCGCGUAA